AUAAGUGGUUGGGGGUCACCACAACAUGGGGAACUGUAUUAUGGGGUGGUGGCAUUAGAAAGGUUGAGAACCACUGUUCUAAAACAUUCAGUUGAGGCCCAACUAUCACAAAACCUCAUAAAAGAAAAAUGGCAUGGGACUUUGCCAUCGCGCUUUGUGACCAGUAAACUGUGUGAUUCAUGCUCUUUUAGCAAAUAAAAACUUUACUACAGUUCUAAAUAUACUGCAUGGUGGAGUUUUCAUCCUUUCCCGUUACCGUUUGUGAAUCCAGCCACACCUCUUGUGUUAGCAGUGAGGAGGUCGAGAGUCAAGGAGAUGACCACACCUCGGUUGAAACAUUAAGGAGGUGGCCAGAUCUGAUUUGCCACGCUCCUGUUGGAUCUAGCUUGGUCAGGAUUCCCGAUGGUUCCGGAUUUUGAUUCUGGAACCAAGAAGCCUGAAGAACUUCCGCUUAUACAAUGCAGACCAGGCCACCUUACUUGAUGAAUGGGGUACACAGUAUUCUUGGAUGGAGAAGUUCCUGGUGGAUGGUGCUUUGGGCAGCUACCCUCUUCCAUCUGGCUGGAGCCGAAGAGACUGUCCAAAUUAAGUCAGAUCCUCCAAAUCCAAUGGAAAAGCUUGACGUUAGGUUGGAUCCACCAAAACCCCUAGAUGAGAUUGUCUACUGCAGCUGGUCCAGGGGCUUGUCUCCGGAAACAAUGGGGGAAAUUGGAAUAAGAUUCCGCCCUCCAAUCAAUGGGUCCACACAGGGACCACAGUACACGAAGCGAGAGGACAUUUACACAAAUUGUUCCCUUGUCAUUCGUGGUUUAAGAUUCCAAGAUUCGGUAAACUACAUGUUGAUAGAAGGAGGGCCUGGACUCUUUUAUGUAGGUUAUGCAACCAUAACUGUUGUAGAUUUUCUGCCCAAGCCGAAUGUGACUGCAAACCCAAGCAACUCCAUUUUGGAAUGGAGUUCAGUUUGCUUCACCUGCAAUGUACCGAAAGACCUAACGAUUAAGUGGUUUAAAGAUGGAAAACUUUACACCAACGAGUCUCAUCUCUCGGACGAUAAUCAGACUCUCUAUAUCCCAAAUGUAUCCAGGAGCGAUGCUGGGGAGUAUCAGUGUCAAGUUACCAACAACACCAGCACCAGAAUCAGCGACGUUCUCAACCUCCAUGUUCUCUAUGGUCCAGAUACACCUGAAAUCCAGCCAACCCAACGAUAUUAUAACGAACACACCAACGUUGUCCUCACUUGCAGUGCCGAUUCAUCUUCCCAGCCACUAUACGUUUGGUUCCAUAAUGGAAAGCAACUAGAUACAGGCCCAAAAUUACUCCUUGGAAAUUUCACAGCGGACAAAACAGGGAGCUACAUCUGCCAGGCUGAAAAUGAUCUCCUUCACGAGAAAAGAAACAGCAGCAACCUGGAGAUUUACUUGGAAGAAAGUCGUGUAAGCAACGUCACCAUCGCUGGUACUCCGGAGCCCAUUGAGGGCAGGCCAGUCUCCUUGAACUGCACAUCAAGAGGCGACAACGUUUCAUAUUAUUGGACCAACGGAGGCCAGGUGGUGCACGCAGGUGGCCACAUCUCUUUGACAAACAACAACCAGACGCUCGAGUUGAACCCAGGAUACCGAAGUGAUGCUGGGGAUUAUAUUUGCCAUGGUUACAACAGCAUCUCUUCCAACGAAAGCACACCCUAUUCCUUAGGCAUUAUCUAUGGACCCGACCCUCCAAUUAUCAACGAGACUAUUGAUGUCCCAAAAGCACAGAUCAAACUGACUUGCAAAGCUGUUAUGUUUCCUCCGGCCAAUUGUACUUGGUUUUUCAAUGGAGUGGAAUUGGUUGACGUGAUCCUCGUUCGGGAAAUCAGCCCAGAGAAUUCUGGAAAUUAUACUUGUAGUGUGAUUAAUAUGGUCUCUAUUAUGAGCAGAAAUACAACCUUGGAGAUUGACAUGAAAAAAAAGUUUAAAAACCUAAAACAGAAAUGAAGAACAGAAAGACAAUGAGAGUGGUCUUCCAUUCUCUGUUUUUUGAUGGAAAAUAUCAAGGCAGAAGAAUGCAAGAACAGCAGCCUAUUUGAGGCUUCAUCUGCUUUGAAAUCAUUUUGAUUUUUUGAAAUCUAUGCCUGCUUCUUUAAAGCCGGCUCCCUGGGGAUCUUAUCCAUGCCAGGAUUAAAUACCUGAAGUAAAACCAAAUCUUGAUCACUACGUAUUAAGAUGGCAAUUUUAUUCUCAAGGCAUCGGAUUCGGACAUUUAAAAUUACAUUUUAAAAGUGCUUUGAAUCAUUGGUUCCUCAUACAUUACAGAAAAAUGUCCUUGCUUUGUUUAAGUUCUUAUAAAAAUGUAUUAAUUUCAAUAAUUGCAUAUGAUUUCUCAUUUUCCCCUCUGGAAAGAAAAUGCAUGCAUUUUAAUCAAAAUGCACUGAGAAGUACGGAAAUUUGUAUUCAAUAAAUCUUUCCCAUUGAGAUGUUGGCAUUGUGUUGUACUUGUUUCCAUUGUCGUUGUUGGUAUGCUGUUCCCCUGGAUUU